AUGUUUAUAAAAAAUUAUCUUUCUUCAUCAGUAUCUGAUAUAGAUCAUCUUGCUUCGAAGAUGGAGGCAUCUGCCAAUGACAUCAAAGCACAAGGUUCUGCCUUUAAUAUGCUAUGUACGAGCUUAAUGGACUUAGUUAAUAAAGAAUGCCAAAAUUAUUCAGAAUAUUUUGGAAGAAUUGUAACAAAUUUCAAUGCUAUUACUAAUGCUUAUUACAAAUGCGCAGAUUUGCACCUCAGAGCUGCAGAUGAUCUUAAAGAUAUUUCAACAAGAAGAGCUGUCGUUCAAAGAAUGGAAAAAGAUAUUGAUACAACGAGAAAGAAACUUGACGCAGUCGUUGUUAAGCAAACAUCAUUAGAAGCUAUAAAUCCUUUAACUCCAUCACAAAUGAAUCAAUUACAAGAAGCUAAAACAAUGAAAGUUGAAUUGGCAACACAACUUAAGGGAUUAUUAGUUGCAUUCCAAGAAUAUAAACCGAAAUUUGACAAAUUUGUUUUCAACAGAGUUAAAUCAGCUUAUGAGCAUUACGGUCAAGGCCUUGAAAUCAAAGGAUCACUUGAGCUAUCUAUGUACAACUCUGUAAUGAUUUUAUUCCGCUCGAUUCGUGAUCAUGCAAAGAAUCCACAGCAAAUUAUCUCAUCGUACAAACCGCAAGGUGUUCAACCAGAUAUAGUUGUUAAAGAUACUCCAAAUCCUGCUCCACAAGAAGAAGCUCCUAAAAAGAAGAAAGCACCAGCAAAAAAGAAACCAAGACCAAAGAAUUCUGGAGAACCAGGUGAAAUCGAAAUCAAAGGAUUUAUGUAUGAUGGAAAAAUGGACGAAGAAGAGAAGCAACAAAAUAAUCAUCCAAAUGAAGGCGAAAAAACAGAAAAUAAGGAUCUGUUUACAUUCGAUGACGAAGAUAAGGAAUUCAACGUUUCCUAUCAAGUUAAAAAACAAGAGCCUGAACCUUUUAAUCCAGAGAUCGAUGAAUCAAAAUUGGAUGUCAACGAAAUUGCCAAAGAACUUAAUUUAGAAUAA